AUGUUUGCCAAUCCAAAUUUCGAAGCGGAGCUCGUCUCCAAACUCCGCUACCCAACCGAGUGUUGCUACGAAGUUGCCUUGACGCCCCCCGAGGAGAUCGAAUGGGACCCUUCCACCGAGAAGACUAGGUCCGUGUCGCCGUGCCAAUCCGUGGAAUCGUUUGAAUCUCUUGCAUCAUCUGAGGCACAACCUGUUGUUGCCAUCAUUGGAUGUGGCUAUGUUGGAUCCCACCUUGCACAGAAUUUUGGGAAUCACUUCCGCGUAAUCGCUUUGGACGUCUCGGAAACUCGAGUUCAGCAGCUCCGGGAGGACCCCUCCUUCCCUUCCCAGGUGACUUUUACAACCGAUGUCAAUGAUCUUUCCGAGGUCUCGCACUUCCUCAUUGCUGUUCCCACCCUGCUACGGGAGGACAACACAAUCAACGACGCUCAUUUGAAAUCAGCCAUCCAGACUGUGCAAAAGGUUGCCUCCCGAGGUGCCACUGUCGUCAUUGAGUCUUCCGUCGCUGUGGGCAUGACCCGCACCCUCCUUGAGCCUCUCAUGCGGGAACUGGGUCUGAAAGGAGGCAUGUCACCCGAACGAGUCGAUCCAGGACGAGUUUCGCCGCCGGCCCACGCCAUUCCGAAAGUCGUCUCCGGUCUCGAUGACAUUAGCCCGGGAUCCCUCGAAAGCGUCCUGCAGAUCUAUUCCCAAGUCUUUGACACCGUCGUCCCCGUCUCCAGACCUGAGGUCGCCGAAAUGACCAAACUGUUUGAGAACUGCCAGCGCAUGGUGAUCGCUGCCUACGCCAACGAAAUGUCCAAUGCAUGCGAGCAACUCAACAUCGACCGUUAUGAGGUGACUGCAGCCUGCGCGACCAAGCCUUUUGGCUAUCUCCCGUUCACACCCGGCCUGGGCGUCGGCGGCCACUGCAUUCCCGUGAACCCGCACUAUCUCUUUUCUAACUGCGAAUUUCCCCUACUUCGCGCCGCAACCGAAGCCACAAGCGCGCGUCCAGCCAGCCUCGCGCAACACUUAAUUGGACGCUACAACAAGCGUGUCGCAAACCCCAAGUUCCUCGUGCUGGGUGUGUCGUUCAAACCUGGUCAAUCUUCCCUGGUGAAUUCUCCUGCACUUGCAUUCAUGAAGGAGCUGUCCAAGGAGACGUCAGUGGCGUUCGCAGAUCCUUUGGUUGAGCAGAAAGAUGUCCCUUGGGCUGAGCGGCUCGAUCACACCGUUUCUUGGACUUCAGAGGAGCUGAAUAAGUUCGACUGCAUCGUUCUGGCAGUCAAACAGCCGGGUCUGGACUAUGAACUGUUGGAGCACGUCGGAUGGGAGGAAAUAACGGUGUCUUCGGCGCGAUAA